CAUUGUGGGUUAUGUACCAUUUAAAAAGAAGUUGUAUAGAAACUUAAUUAUUUUGGGGGCGUAAUAAGAAAUUUCAGUGAAGGUAUAUAUUUAGGUACUGUUUAGAAAUGAUAUAAUUACACAAACAUACUCGGAAAAUGGCAGAGUCAAACUUCAGUAAAGUCGAUGAAUAUGGAUUUGAGAGGCACGAAGAUUUCGAUUUCGAAAGCUAUGAACAAUUCAUGUCAGUUUACUUACGAGUUCUCGCAACGCGUGCUCAGAAAUGGGCCUCACUCCUCGGCGAAGGAAAGUCGGUCAAGCGCACUAAUACCGUCAAAAGAUACGUUCGCAAAGGAAUUCCAAGUGAACAUAGGCCUGCGGUUUGGAUGGCCAUAUCGGAAGCAGAAAAGAUGAAAAAUCAAAGCCCUGAUCUUUAUCACAAAAUUUUAGACAGACCCUUUGAAAAGGAAUUGGUAGAUUUAGUUAAAACAGAUUUACCUAGGACAUUCCCAGAUAAUAUUUAUUUCACAAAGGAAGCUAAUCAUCAGACACAUCUAUUUCACAUACUUAUAGCAUACGCACACAACAACCGUGUGGUCGGGUAUUGCCAGGGACUCAACUACAUUGCAGGUUUAUUGCUGCUUGCAACAAAAAGUGAAGAGGUGUCAUUUUGGUUGCUGAAAGUACUUGUAGAAAAGAUUCUUCCAGACUAUUACACCAAGACUAUGGAUGGAUUGAUUGUAGAUAUAGAAGUUUUAUCAGAGCUUGUCAAAUCCAAAGUACCAGAUGUUCAUCAACAUGUGAUAAACUUGGGACUUCCCUGGGCUGUCAUUACCACCAAAUGGUUUGUUUGUCUGUUUGCUGAAGUUCUGCCCAUAGAGACAGUGCUAAGGAUAUGGGAUUGCCUGUUUUAUGAAGGCUCUAAAAUUUUGUUUAGAGUCUGCCUGACAUUAAUAAAAUCCAACCGGGCAGCAAUAAUGUCCUGUAAUGACUUCACAUCACUAGCAGAAUGUUUUAAAGCGAUUGUGAAAAAUGCUAGCGCUCUGCACUGUCAUGAAUUCAUGCAGGCAAUAUUUAAAGUACCUGGUACUCUGUCAAACUCGACUAUAGCGAAACUCAGAGCCCGAUUUGCAAAACAACGACGUGAACAGCUGCAAAAAGAGCAGCGGUAAGCUUUUUGCGGAGUUCACCCACAAAUAUUGAUCUCACCUUUUUUUAAUACUAAUCAGACAUGUCUUUCACAACUGGUGUGUUACUUAGAGUUAAGUAUUGGGUGGUCAAUUAGACCAUAAUCUUAUUGUUUUAGCUAGGUAGACUCAGUAAGUUGAACUAUUGUUAACUAAAGCAAGAGCAUCUAGUGGCAUAGCUGUGCCCUGUAUCAAAAGCUUGUAACUUGUAAUACAAGUAGAAGUCCCUUUUUGACAGGUUUUAAUAGAAAGAGACUUCCACUUGUAUUACAAGUUACAAGCUUUUGAUAAACAGGGCACUCUGGUCGUUGUGUUGUUACUUGUUUGUAGUGCACUGUAUAUAUAGACUUUUUUAUUCUCUAUGUGAGCUCUGUGCCUGACCAUGGCAUUUGAGUACCGAAAUGGAGUUAUCCUACAGUUUAUUUAAGUAUUUAAAGGAACGCAUUUAUGCACCGUACAUCUUGUAUACAAAAUAUUGAUAUGGAACUAAGGAGAACAUUUAGCAUUUUCAAUAGAGGACAAGAAACCCAUUGUGCUAAAUAUUUGCUAUUAUUUAUAGCUAUUCAGUAAAAUAUUUUUGUUUGUUUUAAAUGUAUUUUUAUUAUAGUUUGGCUACUUUGGCUGUAGUUAUGCAUUUGCUGUUGAGUGUAUAACUGAAUUGUUACUCAAAUUCAUAAUACAAAUUUAGGUGUAUUGAAAAUAUACCUAGAUACAUAAAAAAAUCUAUAUUUAAAAUUAAUUACUUCAACAAUAUAUUGAAAUUGAUGUACAGGUACAAGUUUCAUAUAGUAAAAUAUGUAUUAAAUAUUACAUUACCAUAUGUAAAGGCAAGUUUAGACUAAGACUAUUUUCAGUCGCCUAAAAAAGCCACCGUAUAAACAGUUUCGGUGCCGUAUUUUCCGUCAUGCCAGCGCCGGCGCGGAAUAGAACACGUGCCUUUUGGCGCCAGUGACCUCCGUCCGCGUCUCUCUCUGCCCCCGCACCUAUUUUUCGGACUCGUGACAUGUCACUGCAGAUCCAUUUUCUUACCAAAAUUCGUUACUUCUUAUGUAUUUCUUCCUCCAACAUAUUAAUCAGCUCCUCUAGUAAUAACGCGGAUAGUUUGAUGAUGGAGAUCAUAGCGUAGAAAGACUGGCGCAAAAACUAGCACCGUCGACUGUGGCGGCGUGCUAAUGUCUGGUACUGAAAAGGCACUGUGUAAACGACUAGUGUCGGUUUGCUGGACACUGGCGGCGAGAUUUAGGCGGCUGAAAAUAGUCAUUGUCUAAACGGUCUGAAGAUGUGCUGUAGGUAGACACUAGCGCCGUAUUUAGGCGUCUCCAUCUAAAUCAACCAUAAGAAGGUAUAUUCUCCACUUUGUGUAGUGUAAUUAGAUCAACUAUUUUUGUAAAAUUUAGAUAAUAUUGGUUGUCAGUGUAAUGAAAGAAAAACCUGGACAUAACAAAUUUCUACCUGGCCUUAAUUUACUGUAGCAUGGGAUCUGUGCAUCAAGAACUUUUUCAAUAUUGAAGAUUCUUUUUAUUAAUUUUAUCGUAAAUUAAUUUUAGUAUUUACAGUUGCCAAUCACAUCAGACAUGGUCAUGACUCACUAAUUUCUAAACAAAAUGUCUAUUACCUAUCAAAAUAGUGCUCCAAGUGCUCUUGUGAAAUUUGUAGAUUUUGAGCAUGCACAUGGUUUGCCAAUGACUCAGAUUAAAAAUAUUUGAAAUGUUAAAGGGAAUGAAGUGUAUAGACUCGAGCACCUUUAAAGCCAUUGAGUUUGAAAAAGUUGUGUCUUGAUGCCUAGAACCUUAAGUACUCCCAAUCAGCUCUACUUCAGAGCACAGUUUCAAGGCAUAAAUUAUGUUAAAGAUAUAAAAUAAACUAUGUUAAAUGUUG